UACAGAGUGUAGAUGUAAAUAAAAAAACUUAAUUGUAUCUUACAAACAUUUCUGACAUGCUAUAUGUAAAUGAAUCUGCUGACAUUUCUUAACUAAGCAAUGGAUUUUGAAAUCAACAUCACUUAUGUAAUUAUAUAAAGUUACGUGUAUCAUAUAUGCAUGUGUAUAUACUACCACAAGUUAACCUAUUUCAGCUAUAAUAGAAAUAACAGUGUCAGUACAAUACUCGAAAUGUCUUUAAAGAAAUGGUUCAUAAUUGGUAUAUCGGGAGCAACAUGUAGUGGUAAAACUUCCGUGACUAAUCGACUUCGUGAAGAAUUAAAGAAUUCAGUCACAAUAAACCAAGAUACUUAUUUCUGGCCGAUAGAUGAUCCACGGCACACAAAAAUACCUGAACUUAAUCAUUUAAAUUGGGAAAUAAUGUCUAGCAUGGACAUGGACAAAAUGCGAUCUGAUAUUUUUAAAUUAAUUGAAUCUCCAUUAAGUGAAGAUAAUGUAACGGGAAGAAAUUGUAAAAAUAUUCUGAUCUUAGAUGGUUAUUUGCUCUUUAAGUGUAAGGUUAUUACGAAUUUAUGUGAUAUGAAGUAUUUUUUAACAGUACCCAAAGAAAUUUGUUGGGAAAGAAGGGACAAAAGAGAUUAUGAGCCACGAGAUGUUCCCGGAUACUUCGAAAAAUAUGUAUGGCCAGAAUAUUUGAAAUACAAAAAUGAAAUAAUGGAAGAUCAAAAUUUAUGCAAAACUAUAACAUUCAUUGAUGGAUCAAAAGAUACAGAAGAAAUAUUUCGAACGAUGUAUGCACAAAUAAAAGAAAAAUUAUCUUGAUGUUUUAAUCAUUAUUAUAAGUUAAAACGUAGUUAAACAUUAGUUUAAAAAAAAA